AUGACUACGACUUUUUCACAGCACGUCCCGCCCCAGUAUUUGCACCUUGUGGCUAGUGAAUGCUUCCAUGACAAGCACUCCCUGACUGAAAUCCGAGACAGUCUUAUGGACUUGCUUGGAGAUGUGUUCUUUGUGGUCCAUGAGCUGAUCACAGCUCAAUAUCAUAGAGGAAUCUCUGUGGGGCCAGGAGCAGGGAGUCACCCCUUUGGGGCCCACAACACCUGGCUGUCCCCAGACUCGUGUCCAGGGAAGAUCUUGUUGAGGGGACUCAAGGAGAGCGGGGCAAGGAUGCCUGAGCAGGACAAGGACCCCAGAGUCCAAGAGAAUCCUGAUGAUCAGAGAAGGGUCCCCAUGGUCACCGGGGAUGCACGGUCUGCAUUUCAGCCCCUGCGGGACAAUGGAGGCCUCUCUCCCUUUGUGCCCAGGCCUGGGCCACUGCAGAGAGACCUCCAUGCCCAGAGGUCAGAAGUCAGAUAUAAGCAGACAUCCCAGACCUCCUGGACGAGCUCGUGCACCAAACGCAAUGCCAUCUCGAGCUCCUACAGCUCCACGGGAGGCUUCCCAUGGCUAAAGCGGAGGAGGAUGAGGGGGCCAGCCUCAUCCCACUGCCAGCUGACCCUCAGUUCCUCAAAGACAGUGAGUGAGGCCAGGCCUCAGGCUGUCCCUUCGGGUCACACCCAGUGUGAAAAGGCAGCAGAUACAACACCAGGGCAGACACUCACCCCCAGGACUGGCUCCCCCAGAUCCCAGACCUCUAGGCCCCGUAGACGCAAGUUUCCCCUGCUGCCACGCAGGCGAGGGGAGCCUCUGAUGCUGCCACCUCCCUUAGAGCUGGGGUUCCGGGUCACUGCUGAAGACCUGGACCUGGAGAAGGAGGCGGCAUUCCAGUGCAUCAACAGUGUACUGCGGGGUGAGGCCAAGGCCAUCUGGGACUGCAGACCCUCACGGCCUUCCCACGCUUUGUCUUCACUUGCAACAGGGGCUUCUGGUCUGCCUGCUGUUUCUAAAGCACCCAGGAUGGAUGCACAGCAGGAGAGAGACAAGUCCCAAGACUCCCGGGGCCCAGUGGCUCCCCUAGCAUCUGUUGCAGAGGCUCCCUCUACAGCUCCUGUGUCUAGGAAGAAGCACAGACCACCAGGCCCCCUGUUCUCCCUCUCAGAUCCCCUUCCUGCCACUUCUUCCCACUCCCAGGACCCAGCCCAGGUCACCUCGCUGAUUCCUGCCCCCUUGCCAGCUGCAAGCAUGGAUGGGGGCAUGAGAAGCCCAAGGCCUGGCACUUCUGCUCCUGCAGCUGCUGCAGCGGCCCCUCCCCCCCACACUUUGACCCCCACGUCGGGGUCCCUACUGAGUGAGUGGAUGGAGGCCCUUCACAUUUCCGGGCCUCAACCACAGCUGCAGCAGGUUCCCAGAGGUCAGAAGUCAGAUAACCAGAGAUCCCAGACCUCCUGCAUGAGCUCGUGUCCCAAACGAAAUGCCAUCUCGAGCUCCUACAGCUCCACGGGAGGCUUCCCAUGGCUAAAGCGGAGGAGGAUGGGGGGGCCAGCCUCAUCCCACUGCCAGCUGACCCUCAGUUCCUCAAAGACAGUGAGUGAGGCCAGGCCUCAGGCUGCCUCUUCGGGUCACACCCAGUGUGAAAAGGUGGCAGAUACAACACCAGGGCAGACAUUCGCCCCCAGGACUGGCUCCCCCAGAUCCCAGGCCUCUAGGCCUCGUAGACGCAAGUUUCCCCUGCUGCCACGCAGGCGAGGGGAGCCUCUGAUGCUGCCACCUCCCUUACAGCUGGGGUUCCGGGUCACUGCUGAAGACCUGGACCUGGAGAAGGAGGCGGCAUUCCAGUGCAUCAACAGUGUACUGCGGGGUGAGGCCAAGGCCAUCUGGGACUGCAGACCCUCACGGCCUUCCCACGCUUUGUCUUCACUUGCAACAGGGGCUUCUGGUCUGCCUGCUGUUUCUAAAGCACCCAAUAUGGAUGCACAGCAGGAGAGACACAAGUCCUAAGACUCCCGGGCCAGUGCCCCCCUAGCAUCUGCUGCAGAGGCUCCCUCUACAGCUCCUGUGUCUGGGAAGAAACACAGACCACCAGGCCCCCUGUUCUUCUCGGAUCCCCUUCCUGCCACCUCUUCCAACUCCCAGGACUCAGCCCAGGUCACCUCGCUGAUUCCUGCCCCCUUGCCAGCUGCAAGCAUGGAGGGCAGCAUGAGAAGCCCAAGGCCUGGCACUUCUGGAGCCAGUUCCAGCCCUGCAGCCACACCCACGGGCUUUGGGAGCAGAGAGCCAGCCCCAGCUCUGAGUUCCCUCAGAAGAAAACAGAGGUGGUGGAAAGGCUGGACUCAGCAGCAACACCAAAUCCCGGACCAAGCAGAAACCACCCAAGACUGAAGGGCUCAUGCCAGAGCAGUGGCCACAGAGAUGGGGAUUGCUACAUUGCCCAGACUGGUCUCAAACAC